AGCAGCAGCAGCUGGUCUAUUCAUAAUACACUAUCACCACUUAGGAGUGUCGACCACGCCACAGCGCCUGCUGUUGCUGCUGCUCAGCUCUGGAUAUCUGCAAAAAAGUAAAUGACGAUAAUAAGAUUCUCCAUUUGGUUAACCUAAAAUCUUUCAUUAGACAUGCCCUAUGCCGUUUGAAUUGUAUUUCAUAAACAUGAAAAGAGUGUUCUAAUUAUAAAACGUCUCAGUAAGCUAUUUUAAUACUUACACGCAGGUACUUUCCUAAGCUUUUUUUAAAUGUUUAUUUUUAAUUUAAUGUUUAAUUCGUGUCACGCGCUUUCAGAUGUUGUUGGUAUUAAACAACAUGUGAAGGCAAUAUUACCAAACAUAUCUGUCUACAGACUAGCCUAUACGUAAUUUUUUGUUAUCACUAUUUUCGUUCUUGUUGUUUUAGUGAGGAAAUUGAAAUAUUUUCUAUUAGUUGAAAAAUUGAUUGGAAUUUCUAACUAUGGGCCGCAAGAAAAUACAAAUAUCCAAAAUCACCGAUGAACGAAACCGUCAUGUAUGUAAUUUGUAAAACUAUUAUGUAUAUUUAUAUAUUCCUUUUUCAUAGUCAUAAUAUUUGUAAUAUAUUUACAUUUUAUGUAGGUGACAUUUAAUAAACGUAAAUUUGGCGUCAUGAAAAAAGCCUAUGAACUAAGCAUAUUAUGCGAUUGUGAAGUAGCUAUAAUUAUUUUCAACAAGUCCAAUAGGCUGUACCAGUAUGCUAGUACAGACAUGGACCAAAUAUUACUUAAAUACACUGAAUAUAGUGAACCACAUGAAUCAUUAACAAACAAAAAUAUAAUUGAAGUAAAAAUCUUAAUUAUAUUUUUAAUUUGUUUAAACUAUGUUUAUUUAUUAAUAUGUUAAUUAUAGCAAUUGAAUCGACGAGAAGGGUCAAGACUUUCUAAAGACGCUGAUCCCGAUACUGAUGAUGUGAUUGAAGUAAAAGAACAAUUCAUUCCACCGAAACCAAAUAAUUUAAAAGUAAUCCCUACUCCCAGAAUUAAACUUAAGCAUAAUGAUAUUUCUGAUGAAGAAUUCAGAUUACUUAUGGAUCACCCAAGAACAAUGAAAGAUGUAAGUAUUUUUUAUUUAAUUUUUAAAAAAUAAACACCGUACAAUUUAAUUUUUAAAAAUACACAAAUAUAUAUUGGUAAUAUAUUAUUGGAAUAGAAUUGCAAUUUUACGAGAAAGUAUUCUCACAGUUCACCUAAGACAACGUUUCUUAGAGAAUCAGUUUCUAUAGUCUGUCUCAUAAAAGAAUGGUACAGUUUCGCGCAUUGUUAGCUCAUGUGUACCGGGUAGAAGCGAGGUCUAAACGAUUUUUUACAGAUUUAAUUAACAAGCAGUAUAAUAACAGACAUUUAUCAGAUAUCUCUAGUUUUUAGAUUGUUUGCUCGAUAUUUAGGCUGAGAAAGUAAAGGUUUUUAAAUUUAUUUGAAUUUGCUAACAAACAAAUCGGAAAUUCCAUCACCUGAAGCCACAUCAUUAAAUCAUAUUCCAUAGAAAAUACUUGAAGUAUUACAGCGAUCAUUAAUAUAAUACCAGAACUUAUGGGUAUCAUUUAGAAGGGACCUAUUGAUAUUACUUAAGUAUAAUUAAUACACUCAUUUUGACUAUAUCUUAGUCUGAGUGCAUAAUAACAAUCGUUUUCAAGGUUGUUUAAAAUGGUGUGUGCUAUUUUCUUUUUGAAUACUAAACUCCUAUACUCCCAGUGGCCCAUAUAGGAAAAGAUUGCAUUUAACCUUAGUGCCACUUUAUCUACACUUAAACCAUUUAAUUUGAAUUCCUAGUCUUACACAGCUCAGACCAAAUAGAUUAAAAUUAGUCUGGAUUUUACUUAUAUUGUUUUACUAUUAUUAAACAAAAAAUUUAAAUUUUAUUUACACUUUUUUACAAAAUUCGAGAUAACUGGAUACAUUUAUUUUUCAAACAAAAUAUUGUUGUUAUAAAUGUUUACUAAUGAUGAGAUAACAAUGAACAUAUAUAUUUUAUUAUUAUUAUUAUUAUGUAACAAACAUUAUUUUUUUCUGACACUCGUACAAUGUUUCUUGAACUUAACUACCUCGUAUAACGAAGGUUUAUUGUAACUUAAAUAUAAAUAUUUAACAACUCAUUGUCUUUGACGUGAAAAACCUCCUAUAAACCUAUUAAAAUUUUUGAUUUUGAGGUUUUAGUAUUACUAAAUUUAAAAAAAAAAUAUGCUAUCAUAUGACAAUACCUUCUCUGUGCUAUUUUCAUGAAAGAAUUAAUGACAAAUUAAGUACAAAACUUUUCAUGUAUUCUAUCUUGAAUCAUUUGUGAAAUACCUACUAUUAAUUGUCAUUGGAAAAUUUCCUAUGUAAUAUUAAAAAACAUCUUAAUUGAUUUCGCUAAAAAUUUAACUAACAAAAACUCCUAUGUGUUGAAAUAUUUACAAUUUAUACAAUAUAAUUGAGUUUUAUACUUUCAAUAACUAUUGAGUUUUUUACUUGAAUUUUUUUUUAGUUUUACAAUUUUAAAAUUUACUCUUAUCAAUCAUUGAAAAUUUUUGAUUUUUUUAAAACGUUUUUCAAUGUUUCCUAAAAAAUCAGAUUUUAGCAGAUAGAUUUGUUCAUGUCAACGGCGAAAUAUUACACAUUACUAUGAGUACUUAUCAUAGUGAAAGUUAUUAAUAAAUUGACUUUAUUAGUUAGUGGCAAUGGAAACAAUUAAAUAAAAUGUUAUAAAAUAAAUAAUAAAAGGUAAUAUUAAUAUGUACAUUUUUUGUUAAAUUAUAAGCACAUAAAAUAUUGUGACUUAAAAAAUAAUUUUCAACUAUCUAAGUGUUUAGUUAUUCCAAUUAAAAUAUUGAAAUGAUAUAUAUUUAGUAUUUAAUUUAUAGGAUGACAAUAGCCAAGAUAGCGAAUAUGAGUUUAUUCCUGCACCUGUUUCUUCAAAUGAAUCACAAAAGAACCAAAGUAGUUCUUUUUCAAGAGCCAAUACUUCGAGUGAUUCAGAUUUAAGUAAUUCAUAAUUUAAAUAAUUGUCUAAAAUUUAUGUCAGCCAAAUUCCUAAAUUUUAAAUAAUGAUUUGUUUUUAGGCGAUGAUGAAUUGAAAAUAGAUAGUGGUGCUGAUGAUGAUUUUGAAGACAUUGAUGACAGUAUACACACUAAUAAUAUUAGUAAAUAUACUUUUCCACUUACCAACUCUAAAGAGUCUCAGCCUAGUAUCCAACCAAGUAUUAUAUAUACAAACAUAUGUAAAAUAUUUGUACUAAUAAUAUGCAUUAUAUAGUAAUGGAACCUAUUGAAAUUAAAGAAGAAAUUGAUGAAGAUGAAGACAUUGAUGAAAGGGAAAGUGUGCCAAAAAUGUUGAUAAAAAAAUAUAUUCCUGUUGUCGGUCCAAUACGACAAGUUACACACAACACUGAUUCAAGUAAUGAGUACUAACAUUUUCAUUAUUUAUUCAUUAAACAUUUUUUUUUUUUUUUUUUUAUAGUGGAAAUUGUAGAUUCUGAUGAAAAUGAUGAGGUUAAUGAAGCAGAAAUUGACGAAGAAGAUGAGGAUGUACACAAUAUUUCAAGGAAAUAUACAUGUCCAAUCGCACCAAGACUGCAAUCCAUGCCCAAUGCUCAAUCAAGUAUAAUCUAGAAAUUUUGAUUUAAAAUUUAAUUUAAUUGUAAUUAUUUUGAUUUAGGUCUGCACCGCAAUAUAAAUAAGUCUCCGAAAGAGCGAAUUUUCCAAGUCCGUUAUCGUCCCUAUAAUAAUAUUCUACCAACUUCUAAAAAAUUUAUAAAAAAACAGACACAAAGACAGUCCAUAGAAAUUCAAACUGAAAAUAAAGAUAAUAUUGAACUAGAUGUUCAUGAAUCAUGUAGCACUAUAAAACAGGAUCAAGACGUAAAAAUAACAAUGCAACCUCGAACUUAUGGCCCUAGAAUGGAUAAACCACGUAUUCGAAUAAAAACUCCCGAAAGUGUGAAUACUCAACUGUUAAACAACAGUGAAACAACUGAUUUAUAGAAUUAAGUAUAAGUAUUUCAUUGAAACAUUCCAAAUUAUACCAUUUUUUUAAACAACUUUUUUUUAAGAUAUUACAUUAAUUUUAGUUAAAUUGUAUUAAUUUGUGAUUUAUACUAUUAUUAUACUGCAGCAUUUUUAAAUGUAGCCAUUUAAAAUAAUAUUUUCAAUUUAAUGACCCGAUAUAUAUGUCUUAAUUUUAAACCGUUGUCAAUAUUCAACUAAUUGUGAAUAUGUUAAAUAUGUUUUUUUUUUUUUUUAAUAUUGUAUUGACUUUUGAAACUCAAUUUUAAUUGUAUGUCCUAAUAUUCUAUCAUUUUUAAAUUCGUCAAUUGAAUUGAAUAUUAUUGAAAUCUAGAUUAAAUUUUCAUUUCAUUAAUUACUAUUAUUAUUAUCAAACCAUAUUUCUUUACAUAUAUAUGAUUUAUUUCAAGCUAUAUUUAUAAUAAAAUCAUCAUCCUGAGACCGAUAAUUAUAUUAUAUGCUUAAUUAAUGGGAUUUGAUUUAUGAGUUCUAUAUUAGAUUAUUGACCUAUCUUUUAUCUAUUAAGAAAUAAUUUUAUUUUGAUAACCUAUUAAUCUCAAAAUCUUAACUUAAAUUUCCCCAACAAACUUUUAUACGGUUCCAUUAAUGCACCUGAAUUUCUUGCUGAGGUUAAUUUUAGGAUUCCUGGUGUAUUCUCCGGGUUAUUUGCUCCCUACUACCAUUCUCCUGCACCUCAUCAACUGUCCAGAAAAUGAGAACUAGCUUCUCUUCAUGUUGCUGUACCUAGGGUAAACACCUGUAAUGUAAAAUAAAAUAAAACUUAUUGACACAAAUACCCA